UUUAGGGUUUAAGGAGAGCGCGCGAUGGCGUCGGCGGCGGUAAAGAAGUUCGUUCCAAUCCUGGACAAGGUGCUGCUGGAGAAGAUCGAUUUCAAGGACAUAACAUCCGCCGGCCUCUAUCUCCCCACGCGGCUGCGCUUAAGCAAGUGCGUUCCGGCGAGAGUGGUUGCCGUGGGCGGGGGCAAGGUGACGGAGACUGGGAAACGCAUCCCAAACACUGUCAAGGUCGGGGACACGGUUCUCCUCCCGGAUCAUCCGGGCACCACCAUUCGCCUCUACGACAGGGAGUUUGAGCUGUACGAGGACGACGAGAUCCUGGCGGUUGUCAAGGAGGACUUGUUCACGGGCAAUAGCUACUAGGUAGAGAAAGAGACUGGGAAGGAUGCGUCUCAAUCGCCCAGGAGAGAUUGUUUUGGCUGGAAAGAAGGAAAGAAAAAAGGGGAUACUUUAGCAGGAGCCCCGGAGCAUUAACAAGUCGGUCGGUCGGUCGGUCGGGUCAGAUCGCAAACAGGAAAGCUAAAGAAAAACCAAACGGGUCCACAAACAAAGCCACUUUGGUGACACAGACUGCUCGCUCCAACGCAGUGACACCUCACAGUAACUUAUCAGCUCGGCAUCGAUCAACAAGAGAUCCCCGAGUUAAGCAAGUAACAGCUCUCCCCUCUUAUACCUCCUGUCGGACACCCAGUUUAGUUGUGCAUUGCAAGGCACGACAAAGGCUCUCUCCAAGUCUUUUGCUUUGUAACAAGGCUGCGAAUAUCCACGCAUCCACAAGCUGCCCGCUUCCAAAAAUGAGCUUUUUCUCAGUC